GCCGAGGCCAGUAAAAUUGGGAUCGGGCUUCUUAAAAUAUUGAACCCAGGAGUCCGGCGGGCCUAUAAAUGUUUUCUUAUAUGUUCUGUAUAUAUUACAAAUAAAGCGUGAGAUUGACUCAGACUUUGUCAUGACUUAGUAGUCAAAUUUCGCAUAGAAAAACGAUCAACCAUGCUGCCUUUUCUAAAGUAUAGGGAGGGGGCUAGUUCGGGAAAUUCAAAACCACCCAAGCGUAUUUCACAAUAACAACCAUCAGAUCAUACGAGGAGAAAAGAACGAAAAUUUAUGCCCCAUUGGACAGAGGGCAUUCGAUCAAAGCAUGGGAGGAGAAAAUAACAGUAAAGAAGAGGACACAGCUACAGAUGGACCCAAGAAGAGAUGUCGAGGAAGACCCCGAAAGGAAAAGAAAGAGAAGCCAGAAGAUGCAGAGCCCAAACCCAAGCGUCCCAGAGGACGACCAAAAGGCAGCUUUAAAACACCUAGACCUAUGGAGGUGAAACCCAAGGGACCAAGAGGCAGGCCUUGCAAGAAGAAGGGUCGAGGAAGACCCCGAAAUGAAAAGAAAGAGGAGCCAGAAGAUGCAGAGCCCAAACCUAAGCGUCCUAGAGGACGACCAAAAGGCAGCUUUAAAACACCUAGACCUAUGGAGGUGAAACCCAAGGGACCAAGAGGCAGGCCUCGCAAGAAGAAGGGUCAAGGAAGACCCCGAAAGGAAAAGAAAGAGGAGCCAGAAGAUGCAGAGCCCAAACCUAAGCGUCCUAGAGGACGACCAAAAGGCAGCUUUAAAACACCUAGACCUACGGACUGUUACAAAGUUUACCAGGCUCUUGACAAGUUACCACAGUUGAUGGAAACAUUAGAACAACGCAGCAAAGAAAACUGUGCUCUGGUGAUGGAGAUCUUUGUGAAUCCGGGGAAAGAGGUGAAACCCAAGAGACCAAGAGGCAGGCCUUGCAAGAAGAGGGGUCGAGGAAGACCCCGAAAGGAAAAGAAAGAGGAGCCAGAAGAUGCAGAGCCCAAACCUAAGCGUCCUAGAGGACGACCAAAAGGCAGCUUUAAAACACCUAGACCUAUGGAGGUGAAACCCAAGGGACCAAGAGGCAGGCCUUGCAAGAAGAGGGGUCGAGGAAGACCCCGAAAGGAAAAGAAAGAGGAGCCAGAAGAUGCAGAGCCCAAACCUAAGCGUCCUAGAGGACGUCCAAAAGGCAGCUUUAAAACACCUAGACCUACGCCAGAAGAUGCAGAGCCCAAACCAAAGCGUCCUAGAGGACGACCAAGAGGCAGCUUUAAAACACCUAGACCUACGGACUGUUACAAAGUUUACCAGGCUCUUGACAAGUUACCACAGUUGAUGGAAACAUUAGAACAACGCAGCAAAGAAAACUGUGCUCUGGUGAUGGAGAUCUUUGUGAAUCCGGGAAAAGAGGUGAAACCCAAGGGACCAAGAGGCAGGCCUUGCAAGAAGAGGGGUCGAGAAAGACCCCGAAAGGAAAAGAAAGAGGAGCCAGAAGAUGCAGAGCCCAAACCAAAGCGUCCUAGAGGACGACCAAAAGGCAGCUUUAAAACACCUAGACCUAUGAAUUACUAUGUCCUGAUGCAGCAGGCAAUAGGCAGGCCUCGCAAGACCCCAUCCACCCCCACAAAGGAGGAGAAGAAAGAGAAGUGAGAUUGUUGUAGCGUAAAGCAGAGCGUGGAUAACACUGCCUGAAGGACAGUAGCAGUGUGUUCAUUGUGGCCAUUUCAAUGUGUUCAGAAACUCAAUCUGUCUGUAUGUAAUUGUAAUAGUAGAGUAGUUGAUUUUCUAAUUGAAGAUAUAUUACCCAUCCUGCCUCAGUGUUCCGUAUUCCUUUAUCUUGUCUCACUUAUGUUUAUCAUGCAUUUCUUCAUGUAUCGUCAUUUUUAUCAUUAAAUAGGUGCAUGUUUUUA